GCUGUGCGAACCCCUCCUCCUCCCAAGGCAGGGCAGAGAAAACAUCCCGAGGGGGAAGCAGACGGACGUCAGUCACCAGGUCGUGGAGGGACGGCGGAACGAUGUGGCGUCUCGCACCGCUGCUGCUGCUGCUUGCUCUGCUGCGACCCGCCGCGGGAGUCUCGCUCAGACAGGUCAUGUCCGGAAGUGUGUUUGCGCCUGAAAGUGAGGACACCACUGACCCCUGCUCAUUUUUAUUAAUCGAGCAGUGUGACUCAUCCACGGAUGACACCAUUUACAAAUACAAGGCAAAGACUCUGAACGGGAGUUACACUGUAAACUUCAGUGACUACACAGGCAAGACUGUCCUCUUCGUCAAUGUGGCCACAUACUGAGGACUCACCUAUCAGUAUGUGGAACUGAAUGCACUACACGAGGAGAUGAAACACCUUGGACUCACCAUUCUCGGCUUUCCCUGCAACCAGUUUGGAAAACAGGAACCAGGGCAAAACCAUGAAAUUCUGCCAGCUUUAAAGCAUGUCCGACCAGGAAAUGGAUUCGUUCCAAACUUCCUGCUGUUUGAGAAAGGAGACGUGAAUGGAAAAGAGGAGCAAGAGGUUUUCACUUUCCUUAAGAACUCUUGCCCUCCUGUUGGAGACAGCUUUGGCGACCCCAGAGACAGACUGUUCUGGCAGCCUAUGAAGCUCAACGACAUCAAGUGGAACUUUGAAAAGUUUCUGGUGGGACCCGAUGGGAAGCCGACCAUGAGGUGGCACCCAAGUGUCAACAUUUCUGAGAUCCGAGGUGACAUCCGCAGAUACCUGCUCAAAUUAUACACACAAGAUAUUUUAAAUUAGAUCUUUGAUUCAUCAUAUGCUAUUGUCCUUCUAAUGAGACCUGUAAUGAGAUGCUAAGGUAGAAUUAAACAUAGAAAGUAAUGUUAACAGUUUCUGAUCCAUGAAGAUUGCAUGUUAAAUGAAGAGGAGGCUUGAAAACAGGAACUCUGUGGUGCCUCUUUGGAGUCUGAGGUUCAGGGUGGCUCUUCAGUGCAUUCAGGCUGCCCUGCAACCUCACAGCAUCAUGUCAUCUUCUCAUCUGUCAGGACCUGUUGGCCAUUACAGCCUUAAUGUUAAUUAGUUCUAAUAAAUCAUGGAGAACAACA